CCCUUGGUAUAAAGCCCCUUUGAAGGCCGCCUGGUUUGCUGGCCUUAUCGCACCUGCGUAGGAUCCCAGUGUUAUUUCUGGCGUGGACACAUCCGUUUUAUCGCUGCUCCAGGUAAUUACAAAAUCAAGCCGACGUCUGAUCAAUAUGCGAGCCGUUCGCUACCACGGAAGAGAAGAUGUCCGAGUAGAUGAUGUACCAGAGCCAGUAUGCGGAAGUGGACAGGUCAAGAUUAAACCAGCGUUUGUCGGAAUAUGUGGUAGUGAUCUUCAUGAGUAUAUGGGUGGCCCACAUGCAGUGCCUCGAACUCCACACCCGCUGACCGGGGAGAAACUCCCUACGACGCUCGGCCAUGAGUUCAGUGGGAUAGUUGAAGAGGUCGGAAAAGAUGUGACGGAUCUCAAAGUUGGUGACAAGGUCGCCGUCAAGCCUAAUCUGUCGGAUGGUACUUGUCGGUCCUGCUCAACGGGGCGGGCCAACUGCUGCGAAAAGCUUGGGUUCAUUGGAUACAGUGGCAGUGCCGGUGGUCUGUCUGAUCAUGUUGUCGUGAAUAGAAAGCAUGCGAUCCAGCUGCCUGAAUCGAUUCCAUUAGAAAUCGGAGCAUUGGUAGAGCCUCUAUCCGUCGCCUGGCAUGCCGUCAAUCGCAGCCCUCUCCAGAAGGGCGACACCGCUCUCGUCGUCGGCGCUGGCCCCAUCGGUCUAGCAAUUGUCCAAGUGCUGAGAGCCCGAGAAAUCAACACGAUAAUAGUGGUGGAAGUCUCCAAACGACGACGAGAAUUUGCCACUACGUUUGGGGCAUCUCACGUUCUAGACCCUACAGAGGUAGACGCCGUGGCGGAGGUACGGGCUAUCACUGGCGAUUUCAAGGGCGCCUCCGUGGCCUUUGAAUCUUCCGGUGUUCAGGCGGGACUUGACACUGCCAUGGCAGGAACUAGGGUGCGUGGGACGACGGUGAUACUGUCGCUCUGGGAGAAGAAGCCCGUCCUGGAUGCGUUCGCUGUCGUUCUUGGAGAGAAGCAUAUCGCGGGCGCGGUGGUCUAUGAUGAAGGGGACUUUGAGGGUGUGAUUAGUGCAAUUGAGUCGGGCAAAAUCCAGCCACGAACCAUGAUUACCAGUACAAUUCCUAUGGAGGAGAUAGUUGAGAAGGGGUUCAAGGCACUGAUACAUGAAAAGGAUCAGCAUAUCAAGAUCCUUGUUGAUCUCUCGGCGUGAUCGGUCUUAGCUGGACGCGUGCGAGCUAAACUACGAACUUACUAUGUGAAGUCUUUGGGUAUUUGUGAUCUCAUACUUCUCCUCCAUGACGAUCAGUACAUUGCGUGCUCAAGUUGGCUGUCAAAUGAAAUUUUGUAGCGACCUUUCAGAAUGGACAUUCUCUUAGUACCAUAGCCGAGCAUUUUGCUUACGUUAAUACAAUUUCCAUUGGACUCGAGCUUCG